AUGGGCGAUCGCGCACAACGUAAGCCCUCGGGGCUACGAGCUGUCGCUAAUUUUGCGCCAUGGAUUUUGGUGACUGCGGAGUCAACAGUGUUUGUGUUGCUAGCUCAUUAUUCUCAAGUCAUGCCACCCGCCGGUGGAAAGCGAUACCUCACUUCCACGGCAGUCUUCUUAGUCGAGGUUGUCAAGCUGGCCAUCUCGCUCACAAUGGCUCUCUAUGACGUCUCCAAAGCCGCACCACCCUCCAUGCCUGCCACAUCACUCUUCUUCUCCCUCACGAGCGCGGUCUUCUCAGGUGAUAGCUGGAAACUCGCCAUCCCCGCUAGUCUGGACGUCCUGUCAAACUCCCUCCUAUACAUUGCGCUGUCGAACCUACGAGCUGCAAGCUUCCAGGUGACGUUCCAGCUGAAGUUCCUCACAACCGCGGUCUUUGGUCUGAUGCUUCUGAAACGGAGUAUCCCCGCCCGCAAGUGGGGCUUGCUUCUACUUCUUGUGGUUGGUGUGGCGUUGGUGCAAAUUCCCGAUGCGAGCUCCGAGCAGAUGUUGCAGGAUGACCAUGCGAGCCACCAUUUCCCUCGAUCGCUGCAUGAGUGGAAGGCAGUCAAGCAAGGGUCUGGUAGUAGUUUGCACAAGCGGUCUGCAACCUACGAGGGUAUCGAAGAGGACCUGUUGACCGCUGACCCGCAUUUAAACCCCACAAUUGGUCUUCUUGCGACUGUUGGAGCGUCUCUGGCCUCCGGACUUGGGAGCAUUUAUUUCGAGAAAGUACUGAAGGACAGCUCGAACCAUAUUUCUUUGUGGGUUCGGAACGUGCAAUUGGCUGUGUACUCCGUCUUCCCUGCUUUGUUUAUUGGAAUUGUUUUCCGUGACGGUGAGAAAAUCGCCGAAGACGGUUUCUUCCAAGGCUACAAUUGGGCGGUGUGGUCUACCAUUGUCAUCCAUGCCUUGGGUGGUAUUGUGUCAGCAUUUUACGCGAGCCAUGCGCAGAAAGACGCAAGGAGUCUGGCCACAAGCGCCAACAUCAUCCUCAGCAUUGUUGGAAGUAUCUGGCUCUUUGACUUCGAAAUCACUGCAAGCUUCCUCCUAGGAUCCGCUGCGGUCCUGGUAGCAACACAUUACUAUGGAAACCCCACCUAUAACCCAGCGACAGGAGCUUCGCGCCCACCCCCAAUCCACAUCGAUGCUUACGAAAAGGACAUGGGAGGCCCAGAGGGCUCACCAGUAGCACCACCUGACGACUUUUCCAUCAAACUCCCCACCAGCCCAUUCCUCUCCGACGGCAUGUCCUCAUCCCGUCCCACCUCCCCAGCACCAGGCCACACCAGAGUAAGCUCCAGCCGAAAUGCCAGUGGGGCCAACUACUUCGACGAUAAAUGA